GAGCUGAGACAUAGUAGAAACAGUCAAAGGAUGCAAAGGGAAAAAAAGGAACACUGAGCUAUAGUUACAGACACACAGAGACACACAGACACACACACAGAGCCAAAUGGGAGACCUGCAAGGGAGACAUGAUCUGCUACAUGGACUGACAACAGGCUUGAAGAUAAACUCCUCGGAGGUAACGGGGCUGAUCCGACAGUCUCUGGAGGCUAAGAAAUUUGCGUACUGUCCAUACAGCAAGUUCAGAGUUGGGGCUGCACUUCUGGCCCAUGAUGGCAAAGUGUUCACAGGCUGCAAUGUUGAAAAUGCCUGCUCCAACCUGGGCAUCUGCGCAGAGAGGACUGCCAUCGCAAAGGCCGUAUCAGAAGGAUAUAAAAAUUUCAAGGCCAUUGCAAUAGCCAGUGAUUUGUGUGAACAGUUCAUCUCCCCCUGUGGAGCGUGCAGGCAGUUCAUGAGGGAAUUUGGUGGCGGCUGGGCGGUGUACCUGUCCAAACCGGAUGGUUCCUAUGUGGAGAUGACAGUCGAAGAACUACUGCCUGAGGCUUUCGGACCGGAGGAUUUGAAGAGGAAGAGGGUACACAGUAUUCCAAACGAAUUUUAAGAUUUGAAAAUAAUUUGGUAUAGUUAUAGUGACAUUUUGCAGACCCUUCUCCCCCAAAUAUCCAGUGACACAGAAGCUAAUCCAAGCAUGUAUUAGAGUGGUUAAAGGCAAAGGGUUUUUGUUCGAGGACCCUGAGGAAAAAGGAUCUUCUAGGAUUCAACACUUCCCAGAAUUAGGAUAAGAGUAAAACAUAUGGUAUGAAGGUAUUUGUAUUAACAGUGGGACCAAUCUUCUGGUGGCUGAUCAUGAAAAAAAAAGUUAGUGGGCUCCAUGUACAACAACGUUUUCCUCUCAGACAGGGUUCAAAAGUAGCACCCCUUUAGGAAGAUAUGAGAUAUUAUCCGUUUAAAAAAAAAAAAAGCAGCAAAAAAACACUCUUUAAACCUGUUUUUCAAGGAGUGGGAUAUGGUAUAUGUAUAUUCAGGCUGUAUAGGAUUUAUUUUAUUUGUGAUUGUCGCAGCAACAAAAUCAAGCAUUUUUUGCGACAUUUGACUUUUUGGUGCUUUUUUUUUGUGGAAAACUAUUUGAAACGAACUAAACUAUUUUUUGGCAAAAUCACAAUUGAACGAAAUGGUUUUGCAGUCUUUCACUGUGAUGUUUGUUGGUAAAUGAGAUUCAGCUUUGCAUGAAUGUGUGUUGUGAUGGCAUCACAUGAUGCGUCUUGGCCCAAAUCUGUGGUAAUUUUGAAAAAUCACAAGCUCCUCCGAAUUUUGGAGCAUUAACGGAUUUACUAUCUUACAUCCUUGUGCUUUUGUUCUUUUUACUGAUACUGCUGUCAAAAUGUGAACCAUGGUUUAUUAUUUUUGGUGCAUUUCACGUUUGUAAUAUGAAGAAAAGAAAAAAAUUAUUUCAAUGUACUUUACAAAAUUUUAGACGGUAUUUAAAUAUACGUGUGUGUGUGUGUUAAAUAAAGUUGAUACAAUCCCAGUUAA